AGAAGAAAAUUAAUAAUUUUUUAUUAUCCACAUACCACCAUUUUUAACACAAUUCAAAAUUAAAAGACCCUUCUUUUUCAGCUUAACUAAGUGCUAUCAAAAUCCGAUCUUGGAUAAACUCUCUUUGAAUCCAAGCUUCUUCCUCUUCUGGGUUGCCUUCAAACUUGAGUCUAGUGCAGUGUCAGUGUCACCAUUUGCUUCUUCUCUCUUCCUCAUUCCAGUGCCACUUUUCAAUUCUCGGAUUUAUAGCUCCUUUCUUUCACCACUUCUAUACAUACACACUAUAUCAGUAUUCAGUAGUGUGCAUAUAUUAGAACCUUUGAACUUGGCUUAGUUUGUUAUUUUUUGUAAGUCCCAGCAAGUUCUGUGAAAUUUAGUUUAUGCUAUCUUUUUAUUCUAUUGUUGUUGGGAAGUGCUUCUUGGACUUUAUUGGUUAGAUAUCAUAGAAGGUGGUGGUUAACAAGGAAGAAGAAACAAAAGAGUGUAGAAAGUUUUGGGAGAAAAAUGAAGUUAUGUACUUCAUUGUUGUUACUAGGUUUGUUUUCCACGCUCUCUUUUGUGGCUUCUGAUAUGGUGCCCUCAAAUGAAGUUUGGGCUCUCACGACUUUCAAGGAAGCUGUGUUUGAAGAUCCACACAUGGUUUUGUCCAAUUGGAAUACUCUGGAUUCAGAUCCUUGUGGUUGGGGUGGUAUUUCUUGCACUGCUACUCGAGAUCAUGUCAUCAAGCUCAACAUAUCAGGGUCAUCGUUAAGGGGGUUUCUUGCUCCAGAAUUUUGGAAAAUCACCUACUUAGAAGAACUGAUCUUGCAUGGAAACAAUCUCAUUGGAAUAAUACCUAAAGAAUUGGGCAUGUUAAAAUCUCUUAAGGUGUUGGAUUUGGGAAUGAAUCAGUUAUCAGGACCAAUUCCUCCAGAGAUUGCAAAUUUGACCCAAGUUGUAAAAAUAAAUCUGCAGUCCAACGGGUUGGCUGGUAGACUACCUCCAGAGCUAGGAAAUUUGAAAUACCUGCAAGAACUUAGGCUGGAUAGGAAUAAGCUUCAAGGACCUGUUCCUGCAGGUGGCACUUCAAAUUUUUCUUCAAAUAUGCAUGGCAUGUAUGCCUCAAAAGCUAAUUUGACUGGCUUCUGUCGUUCGUCUCAGUUAAAAGUUGCGGAUUUUUCAUAUAACUUUUUUGUUGGUAGCAUACCCAAAUGCUUGGAGUAUCUUCCAAGAUCAAGCUUUCAAGGGAAUUGCCUCCACACCAAAGGCGUAAAACAGCGGACUUCUCUGCAAUGUGCUGGUGCUUCACCUGCCCAAGGCCGUUCAGUAAUGAAUCCAAAAAAUCAACCUGUGACUAAACAUUUGUCCAAGGAUCAUGGAGCAUCAAAACCUACUUGGCUUUUAGCUCUAGAAAUAGUGACAGGAACCAUGGUGGGUUCUCUCUUUCUGAUAGCCAUUCUAACUGCAUUCCAGAGGUGUAACAACAAAUCAUCUAUCAUUAUUCCAUGGAAAAAAUCUGCAAGCGAAAAAGAUCAUACUGCAAUAUAUAUAGACUCUGAGAUGUUGAAGGAUGUGAUGCGGUAUAGUAGACAAGAGCUUGAAGUGGCCUGUGAAGAUUUCAGCAACAUAAUUGGGUCCUCACCAGAUAGUGUGGUCUACAAGGGUACAAUGAAAGGUGGGCCUGAGAUUGCUGUAAUUUCCCUCUGCAUCAAGGAAGAGAAUUGGACAGGAUACCUUGAUCUCUAUUUUCAGAGAGAGGUGGCAGACUUGGCAAGGUUAAAUCACGAUAAUACGGGAAAGCUUCUAGGAUAUUGUAGAGAGAGCACUCCAUUUACAAGAAUGCUGGUUUUUGAGUAUGCGUCAAAUGGGACACUUUAUGAACACCUACAUUGUUAUGGAGAAGGGUGCCAGUUGUCUUGGACACGGCGUAUGAAAAUUAUCAUUGGCAUUGCACGUGGACUCAAGUAUUUGCACACUGAAAUUGAGCCGCCAUUCACUAUCUCAGAGUUGAAUUCCAAUGCUGUAUACCUUACAGAAGAUUUUUCCCCUAAGCUGGUUGAUUUUGAAAGUUGGAAGACAAUUCUUGAAAGAUCAGAAAAAAAUUCUGGUUCUGUUAGCAGCCAAGGUGCUGUUUGUCUUCUACCAAACUCCCUUGAAGCACGCCAUCUUGAUACCAAAGGAAACAUUUAUGCCUUUGCAAUACUACUACUGGAGAUUAUCAGUGGCAGACCUCCAUACUGCAAGGAAAAAGGGUACUUGGUGGAUUGGGCCAGGGAGUAUCUUGAAAUGCCAGAAGUAAUGUCAUAUGUGGUGGAUCCUGAGUUGAAACAUUUUAGAUAUGAAGACCUCAAAGUAAUAUGUGAGGUGAUAACUCUUUGUAUCAGUCCCGAUCCCUCUGCGUGUCCAUCAAUGCGAGAAUUAUGCAGCAUGCUUGAGAGCAGAAUAGUCACAUCCAUUAGCGUGGAGCUCAAGGCAUCAUCUUUGGCUUGGGCUGAACUAGCACUUUCAUCAUAAUUGAAUCAAUAUUAUACUAACUAACACACACAACACACACUACUGAAGCAGACCUAUAGCCAAGAAUAUUUUACUGACUACUUUACUUUUACCCUUUGAUUUGCUUUUCAUCUUUUUCUAUUUAAUUUUAUUUUUCACCUGUAUAUGAUUGUUCGAAAAAAGGGUUUGAUGCAUUAUUAAGGUAUCCUUGUAUAGC